GACUGUGUUGCCAUGUUCACUCGCCUUGCCCUGCGCACCGUGGCCCGGACUGUGACCCACGCCCGGGCCGCUCCGGCCGCCCUUGCCGCAGCGUCGCCCAAUCUGGCGGCGCGCUUCCGCCUGUACUCCACGUCCGGCUCCUCGCCCUCGGCCCCGGCCGGCGACAACCCGUAUGCCAAUCCCGCGAUCGGGGUGGAUUUCGACGCGUCGGCCAUGAUGCGCGUCACCAACCCCACCUCCGGCAAUGCCGAGGACGAAUACAUCCCCCCCUUCCAGCUGCGCCCGGCCCCGCGGCCGAACGAGCCGAUCGACAACAAGCGCAAGCGUCUUCUCUGGGAGAGCCGCAAGCGCGGCAUCCUCGAGAACGACCUCAUCCUGGGCACCUUUGCCAAGCGCCACCUCGAUGAGCUGGACGACACGGAGCUCGAGCAGUAUGACCGCCUGCUGGACGAGAACGACUGGGACAUCUACUACUGGGCCACCGAGCGCCGGCCUGUGCCCCCGGAGUUCGCAGACACCCGGGUCCUGGCUCUCAUCCGGCACAUUGCCCGGAACCCGGAGGGCGAGGUCCGUGCCAUGCCGGAGCUGUGAGUGCCGAGCGCAAGAGGCCCCUGGUCCCUGUCUCCCUUUUCUCCCUUCCUCUCUCUCUCUCUCUCCCU